AUGCCAUGUACCUUCAGACGCCGAACUCAAUUACCUUUUGACACCUACCUCCACCUCAUUGUAUCACAAAUGGGGGGCGAGCCUCAGCCUAGCGAGUCCGUCGAAGAAUUUAUCAUCAAUGAAGCGAACGUCGAGGUCGGCGACUUCAAGAUGAGGAGUAUAGCGCAAUCAGUACCCGGAGUAAAGGUCCGCAAACUCGAGAAUGUCGACGAUCUCGCUGUAUCAAACGCCAAUACCUCCCUCGUCCCAGUACAGGCUUCAUCUCACGGGCGAGACGUCCCAGGCGGUGGAGAUGAUUAUGGUGGGAAUGGAGGUGAAUCGUCGAACGGGUCUCAUGUCUUGACCGCCGAGCCAGAAGAGUUCGAGCUCGCAGAGCAGCUACCAGACAGAAUUGAGGUCUCGACUGUCACCGUCGAUGUAGUGGGCAAAGAGCGCAAACGGGCAAGGGCUCCGUCAGGGGAAAUGCGCAAAGCCGAUAUGUCGCCGCGUGCCAUUCGAGAGAUGAUCAGAGCGAAGAUGGCUAAACGGCCUCCAGAUUCGGCGCUUCAGGGGGAAGAUGGGACCAAGGGGCGCAAGAGAGCAAGAGUGGAGAGCGUGGCGCGUGCAAUAGUAAGGAAGACCAGAUCGAGUCGAACUACCACCCAGAAGAAUGCAUCCCCAAAACGCGUCAACCACACUGUAGCCGACGAAGCCAAGGAAGACGACAAGUCGUCAAUGAGAUUGGCUGAGGCGGUAGAUUCGGCCAAGCGAAAGGGCACAAAACGGCGGAGACCAUCGGAUGACGAAGAACCGUCAGCCCAGGAUGGUUUAGCACAACAUGUGGACAGCGACGCCGCCUCAUAUUUGACGGAUGGACGCAAGAUAACCCAGGUGAAUGGAGAGUGCACUCGUGCAGCCAAAAGAUUCCACCAAAACGCGACAUUCGCAGACGGGUCUGAGGUGGAAUUACAGGGUUCGAGGCAGCCCGGUGAGACUCGGGUGUAG